AUGGACACUUCGUCCGCCCAUGAGCUUGCGGGGGGUCUUCGCUUGUGCUACCUGCGCAAGUGGCCGGACUAUGAGGGGUACGGCUUCAGUCUCCGAGAAGACGAAGAGAACUUCUUCAUCACGGCCGUAGUCCCCGACAGCCCCGCCGAGCUUGGUGGACUUCGCAAUGAUGACAGGCUCAUCGAAGUGAACGCGGUAUCAGUGGAAAACAGGAGCUACCAGGAAAUAAUGUGGCGCAUAGGCAAGGAACCGGACCAAGUAGACUUGCUGGUCAUCGACCGUGAGACAGACGAGGCCUUCGCGAGCCGCCACCAGAAGCCCAGUGGUCAGGCGGACGGUGUCCUGAGGCGCUGGACACCAGCCCGACGACCUCGGUUAACUUUUAUGAAAACGAAUAAACAGACGCCCAAAGUGGAAGCCGCAGGCACUGGGGGAAUUGUGGUUCCCCACGCCAUCGAAUCGACGAAUGAAGCUGAACAUUACAAGGCUAUCAGCGAAGAAGACCUUGUCGUGAAGGAAGGCGUGGCCAAACAUCAUUGGCGACCACAUCUUCCUGCCACCCAGUCCAUGUUCCUGAACUGCGCCAGUCCCAUUCCCACCCCGAGAAAGGACAACACCAUUAACAGCGGAUACUCGUCCAUCAGCGUCGGGUCAUCGGAAACCAUGUCACCUGCUGAAUCUGCGGAUGGGCUUCGUCUCUGCCACUUGUCCAAGUGGCCAAACUUCGAAGGCUACGGAUUCGCCUUGAAAGCCGAGAGGCUUCGAGAUGGCCGUUCGUUGCACACGUCGACCUCGGCAGCCCAGCCCAUCUGGGGUGGGCUGCGGAAAAGGGACAGGAUAGUCGAGG